CGAGCGGGAGGGGUCGGGCUAGCACGCGCACGGCAUGUUCCACGGCGAGGCAAAGCUCUCCACGGCGGCGGACGGCGGGGAAAGGCGACGAGAUGGUGGCACGGCGAGGUCCGGCGGCGGCGGGCGGACACCGGCGGCGGGAGACCUGCACGGCAAGGGAGAGGGACGGAUGAGCGCCGGAGUCGGAGGAGGAGGGUGAGAGGAAGGUGGUGGCGCGAGGAAUGGACACGGGGCUCACCGGAGGGGGCGGAUUGCGGCCGGCGGCGGAGCUCCUUGGGGGCGGCAAUGGAGAUGGGGAAAAGUGGGGGCUAGGGUUUGGAGCAGGGGCUGGCUUGGGGAUUUAAGGCGAGGGGGAGGUGGGUGAGCGCGGCGGCCGGGCAGAGGUGCGGCCACCAGCGGCUGCCGGGCGGCGUGGAGCCGCCGCCCCUGUUGCCCAACCAGGAGCGAACAGCUCUGAGGAAGGAGAGAAGGCUGACGGGUGGGGCCCGCUGCCAGGUGGGGCCGGAGGUAAGGAGAGAAGGAAGGAGAGAAAGCAAAGUGAAGCGGCGCCUCCCCCUCCCUCUCCCUCCCUCCAGAAUCCAAUCCCUCCAUUCCCUGCCGCCGCUGCGAUUCCGAUGAGGCCCCCCACCACCGCCGCCACGCCACCGGGACCGUCAAGCAGCGCCAUCAAGCGCCAGCGGAAGGCGGCGCCGCCGCCGCUCAGCGACGUCACCAACCUCCUCCUCGAGACCCCGGCCCCAAUCAAGCCUACAAGGACUGGACGCCGGACCCUCCCAACGCCCUCCGACACCUCCUCGACCUGCUCCUCCACCGCAUCGGUCACGCCCGCGCCCAAGCCUUCGUACGCCGUAGUACUCGAGGAGGAGCGCAGCGUGGCCAAAUCCCCCAUCUCUACGGUUUACGCGAGGCGUGGGACUACUGAGACUCAAGGGAAGAGGAGGAGGACGACGAACCCCACCACCACCACCAACAAGGGCAAGGACAGGGAACCCGCCCCUGCUGCUGGAAUGGCGAGUUGCCCUCCUCUUGGAAGAGCUACAAGGAAGACCAGCAGGAAAGACUCUAUGGCUCAGGACACUCGGCCCAUUUCUUCUUCAGCUCCUAGUCAUGGAGCUAAAAAGAAGCGCCCCCCUCCAAGCACCCCCAAGUUACCAGAAGACUUUGUGAAGAAGCAGAGAGCAUACUUUGCAGACGUCGACGCAUUUGAGCUACCAGAGGAAGAGGUGUCCGAAUCUGAGCUGGAGUGAGAACUUAAUAUAUGGCUCUCUUUUUUAUGUACAGAAGUAGUUUACUGAAAUCACGGCUUCCAAUGUAAGUCCAAGUUAUGGUAGCAAUGUAUAGCACACGAGGAAGAGGUAGUGUACCACUAAUGUCCCUUUUACCAAUCUUAUAGCAUAGCAGCAUGGGACUUGGGAGAUACUGAGAUCCGAAAAUGAGGGAUGCUUUAGCUGUUUGAGAAAAUGACCAGUGUACUUGUCUCUAAACGUUCCAUGUUUCCCAAGCGGAUUCUAUAAAAUAUUUCACUUUAUCUGUGAUCAUCUCUA